AUGGGUGACCAAAACAGAGAAGAUUACCAUGAAGACGGGUUCUGUCAGCCAUACAGGGGAAUUGCGUGUGCACGGAUCAUUGGAAACAGGACCAUUUAUGUGGAUUCCCUACAGAUGCAAGGGGAAAUUGAAAACCGCAUUACUGCUGCAUUUACCAUGAUUGGCACUUCCACACAUUUGUCUGAUCAGUGCUCACAGUUUGCUAUACCAUCCUUCUGCCACUUUGUCUUUCCCCUGUGUGACGAGCGCUCUCGGACCCCUAAGCCACGGGAGCUGUGCCGGGAUGAAUGUGAAGUUCUGGAGAAUGAUCUCUGUAGGCAGGAGUACAACAUCGCUAGGUCAAACCCGCUCAUCUUGAUGCAACUACAGUUGCCGAAGUGUGAGGAUCUCCCACGACCUGACACAUUGGAAGCUGCCAACUGCAUAAGGAUAGGGAUCCCCGUGGAGAGACUCAGCCGAUAUCAUCAGUGCUACAACGGUUCUGGAGCAGACUACAGAGGGAUGGUCAGCGUUACCAAGUCUGGACACACUUGCCAACUCUGGGACUCCCAGAGUCCCCAUAGCCAUGAUCUGACAAGCACACAGUUUCCAGAGCUAGGUGGAGGACAUGCGUAUUGCCGAAAUCCUGGAGGUCCACGUGACAACAGUAAAAUGGGAAUCCUCUACAUCCUGGUUCCCAGCAUAGCUAUCCCUCUGGUUAUCGCCUGCCUUUUCUUCCUGGUCUGUAUGUGCAGAAACAAGCAGAAGGCAUCUGCUGCUACACCACAGCGCCGCCAGCUGAUGGCAUCUCCUAGCCAGGACAUGGAGAUGCCACUCAUUAAUCAACACAAACAG